UGGGCAGGGUGGGCAGCAGCAGCUCUGGCUGUAAGUGCCCAGCACAUGUCACCUCCAUCAGCCCUUGGCUGAAAUUCUGAAUUGUAAAUGCUUCCUUGUGCCUCCUCCAGCUCUUGACAUGGUGAUCACAGCUCCACGUGACAGCAAAACCCUUGUGUCAGGGUGAAAAUUGAAACACGACAAUGGAAAAAAGGUUGGAAUUUCCAGGAGAUCCCUGAUGGCUUAAAUUUCCCUGUGGCUCAACAAACCUCAUGUGAUGAGUUGCUCUUUGUUGAACCUGUACUUUCGUACAGUGGAACCCCUGAUUUGUGAGAGCUGGUUAUUACAAAGUAGGAAACAGGAUAAAGAAAAAAAAAGUUUUUAAACUGGUGCAUGGUGAUGUCAUAUCCCUAUCCCAGGGCUGAGGAAGAGUCAAGCUUAGUGGCUGUGGCAUCUAGGCAAUGCAGUGACCUGUCCAGGGGCAGGGAAAUAUUUAUGCACCAUAAAUACAUCCAGGAGGGGGACACAUGCUUGGAAUAGUAAUGAGGAAUAGGGGCUGGGUAGGCAAAGAACUCCAGGAGGUGUGGGUGGAUGGGUGGAUGCCCCGUGCUCUUGGGUUUGUCUGUGUGCUUCUUCUGCAGUCAGGUUCCCAGCGCUGGAUGGCAGGCAGCUCUUUGGACUCCAAAAUCCCAGCAUCUGAGAAAUCUGACCUCAGGAAAUGUUCGCCCACUAGGGAGAUGGGAUCAGAGCCAUACCUCUAGUGACCCCCGUGCUUGAUGUGGGACUGUGCUCUAGUCCCCUGGCUCACAGUCCUCCCUCCUCCUCUGCCCAAGGACUGACCCAGCUCGCCCCACAGCAGGUAUGAACCAGACACAGGUGACAGAGUUUGUGCUCCUGAGCUUUUCCUACGGCCGGCCCUUCCUCUUUGCUCUUUUCCUGGCCAUUUACCUGGCCACACUGCUGGGCAACGCUGCAAUCCUCUUCCUCGUGUGCCUGGAUCCCCAUCUCCACAGCCCCAUGUACUUCUUCCUCAGUCACCUGUCCUGCCUAGACCUUUGCUACUCGUCAGUGACGGUGCCCAAGAUCCUGGCGAACGCUGUGCGCCCGGAGGCCACCAUCUCUCGCGGCGGGUGCCUGGCGCAGGCCUUCUUCCUGAUGUGGUGCGCGGGGGCCGAGUGCGCGCUGCUGGCCCUCAUGGCCUACGACCGCUGCGCUGCCGUGUGCCAGCCCCUGCGCUACGCCCAGCUCCUGGGCCACGGCACCUGCGUGACAGCUGCUGCCAGCUGCUGGCUCUGGGGGCUGCUGGACUCGGCCGUGCACACCCUCCUGGCCGCCCGGCUCUCCUUCUGCGGGGCCCGGCUGCAGCACAUCUUCUGCGACGUGCCGCCGCUGCUGGGGGCUGCCUGCAGCAACACGCGCCCCAACGAGCUGGCCCUGCACAUCUCCAGCAUCUUUGUGGGACUCAGUCCCUUCCUGCUCGUCCUAAUCUCCUACCUUUACAUCCUGGCCACCAUCCUCAGGAUGCCACUGGCCACCAGCCGGCACAAGGCCUUCUCCACCUGCUCUGCACACCUGCUCGUGGUCACCCUGUACUUCGCGGCAGCCAACCUGAACUACAACCGGCCCAGCUCGGGCUACUCCCCAGCAGCCGACACGCUGGUGUCCGUGCUGUACUGCAUCGUCACCCCCAUGCUCAACCCGCUCAUCUACAGCCUGCGCAGCCAGGAGGUGAGGGGGGCCCUGCGGAGGGCUCUGCGGCUCGGGGGCACGCCCGGCUCCCCCAGCAACGCCUGAGCAGUGCCAGGGCCGCCACGGGCUGCCAGCCUGCUGGGACAGCUGUGACAGCACCGCCAGCCUGCUGGGACAGCCGUGACAGCGCUGCCAGCCUGCUGGGACAGCUGUGACAGCACCGCCAGCCUGCUGGGACA